UAUUUUAAAAUGGCAUCACUUUCUGAUGGAUUCUAUUUUCUUCGAUGAUCAAAUAACGAUUCCAGAAGAGUUUCCUUCUAUAUUAAAAAAUUACGCAAAAGCUGCAAUUAAAACCAACCCACCUGAUUUGCUUGCUUGGUCUAGAAAGUAUUUUACAGCAUUAAGUAAAGGUGAACGCCCUCCAGCAAGAGAGAGAUUAAAAUUUGAUAAAUCUCAAUAUCCCUUCUUAACCGUCGUUUCAAAAGAAGCAAAAAUGGCGGAGAAGAGUUUGGAACAGAGACUGAUCGAAAAUAUGUCUUUGAAUGCUAUUGAUCACGCAUGCGCCUACACUGUUUAUGAAAAAACUCAUCAUCCAAGACUUAGUAAAAUAGUGUGCACUAUAGGACCGGCUACGCAGUCAGUAGAAAAGUUAGUGGAACUCAUGGAAGCCGGUAUGAAUGUGGCUAGACUUAAUUUUUCUCACGGAGAGUAUGAUUAUCAUGGCCAAACUGCGGCUAAUGUAAGAGAGGCAGCGAAGAUAGUCGCAAAAAAUAAAGGUUUGGAUUCGUAUCCUGUAGCUAUUGCACUGGACACCAAAGGGCCAGAAAUCAGAACUGGUCUUGUAGAAGGGGAUAAGUUUGGAGAAAUAGAACUGAAGAAAGGAAGUACAGUGAAACUUACGACUGAUGACAGCUAUUUUGAUAAGUGCAAUUCUGAAACAGUGUAUAUUGAUUAUAAAAAUAUAACUAAAGUGAUUAAGGAGGGGAAUAAAAUAUACAUGGAUGAUGGACAAAUUACUCUCAUCGUCAAAAAAGUGGGCGGUGAUUGGGUGGAGUGCGAAGUGGGGAAUGAGAGCAAACUUGGAAGUGAAAAAGGAUGCAAUUUACCAGGGAUUGAUACUGAUUUACCUGCAGUUUCUGAAAAAGAUAAAGAGGAUUUUGCAUUUGGACUUGAACUGGAAGUUGAUUAUAUUUUUGCCUCUUUUAUCAGAAAUGCUGACGGCGUAAAACAAAUCCGCAAAUUAUUAGGAGACAAAGGCAAACAUAUUUGGAUCAUUCCAAAAAUUGAAAAUGAUGAAGGAAUACAGAAUUUCGAUGAGAUUCUAGAAGUUUCAGAAGCAAUUAUGGUAGCCAGAGGAGAUCUUGGGAUUAAUAUUCCAACAGAAAAGAUAUUCUUGGCGCAGAAAAUGAUGAUAUCUAAAUGUAACGUUGCUGGAAAACCCGUCCUUUGUGCUACACAGAUGUUAGAUAGCAUGGUCCAAAAGCCAAGACCCACAAGAGCUGAAGCAUGUGACGUCGCCAAUGCUAUUUUGGAUGGCGCGGAUGGCGUUAUGCUUUCUGCAGAAUCAGCCAAAGGACAGUAUGCUGUUGAAUGUGUCACAGUUCAGCAUAAAAUAACACAUGAAGCAGAAACAGUUUUAAAUCAACGUGUUAUAUUUUCUGAUCUCUUAUUUCGAGAAGUUAUUCCAUCUCAUUUUGAUACGUGUAUGGCGAUUGCUGCAGUUGCUGCAUCAUUAAAAUGCUUGGCAAGUGCCAUUAUAGUUUUGACCAAAGCAGGGAGAGCAGCUUAUGCCAUCGCCAAAUUCCGGCCUAGGUGUCCAAUCAUUAUGGUUACAAGAUCUGGUACGGCUUUUCGUCAAAGCCAAAUGUGGCGAGCGAUUUAUGCUUUCCAUUAUACGGAGGAAAUGCUACCUGAUUAUAACGAAGAUGUCGAUGCUCGUGUUCAGUAUGGUAUUAAAAACGGCAUGCAACUUAAUAUUUUAAAAAAAGACGAUCCUGUUAUUAUUGUUAGUGAGUCGACUGACACUAUGCGUAUUAUUAAUAUUGAGUAACAAUUUUUUAAAAAAAAUCAUCAGGAAUAUUUUCAUUUCUAAAUUUAACGACACUGUUCAUUAUAUUGUUUAAGGCUGUCUUUAUCAUUUUUUAGAAGUAACUGCACCUGUAAAUUUAACAGAAGGUGAAACUAUUCUAUC